AUGAACACACGCGUGAUUGUGCUUUUUAGCCUGGCUGUCAUCGCUGGAGUCCUUUGUACAUCUUAUCUUCCUGACUUGCAGGGACUACCGUCGGAGCUUGGUGUCUCUGAUCGUGUUGUCACUGCAGCCGGGUUCGUCUCAAGUGGAGCAUCUGCUGCUGCCGGGCUACUAUCCGGGGCAGGCUUGCUUUCUCAACCGGACGAUGUCGAGUUCGCUCAGCCAGUCGACCACGAAGUGGAGCUGGACAUACCCCCCGUUCACAGGUGCAACCCCUUUGAUCAUGUGCUGGUCGUCAACCUGGAGGGUCCAGGAGGAGAAGCACGACGCAAUCACAUUCUGCGCGAGUUCGGCAAGAAAGGCUUGCGUGGAAGGUUCAAAUUCUGGCCAGCCGUCAAUUUCGGCACAGACGAAGGCUUAGCCGCGGAAACCGGGAAGAAGAAAUGUCCAUGUGACCCAAAGGUAGGCUGUGGACUCAGUCAUAGGCGCAUCUAUGAGACCAUGCUGGCCGAGCAGUGGGCAUGCGCGACGAUCUUUGAAGACGAUGUGACCCUCGCCGAUAAUUUCACGACCAGGAUAGAAAGUGCCAUCGAUAGCAUCCCACCGUUCGACGUUAUUCUGUGGGGGUUUUGCCCCGGUGGUUACAAGCCGCGUCAUGGCCCUAAGGAUCAAAGCUCAGUCCCCAUACUUAGAUACGGCUGGCCAGGUUCGUGUGUGCACGCCUACACCGUCAGUCUAUCGGGUGCGCUUGUGUUAACUCAAGCAAACACGCCCGCCGUGGUUCCGCCGGAUGGUGCCAUGGAUGGUAUGCAUUGGUAUAAGGACAAAACCAGGCUGCACGUCGACCGAUCUGGUGGAGUUAUAACAGGCUCUUACUGGUUCGCCACCCCGCAGCUAUCAUGGCAAGGGGUGGAGGCGGACAACUUGGAAGGUGGAGUGUAA